CUUUUCGUGCCUAAAAAGUGUCGCAGUGAGCGAUGGAGUCGAUGGAGCAGCGGUCGGCGUCCACAUCGCCGCCCAAGUGCAGGGUCGCGCGCCAUCGACGCACGAGAAGUGUGGGUGUGUCAGAGACCAACGAGAUCAUCGAAGGCACUUCGAUCAGCGAAGAUACCGAGCAGGAUGGCUGCGAGGUGGACGUGUACCUGCCCCGACGUACCAAGAGCUUUGAGAGCCACGACCAAGCGACGUUGCCCCUGCCACGUGUGCGAACGUACACCAAGUCGUUGGGCAGUUUGGUCAAGCAUUUGGCGUCCGAUCCGUCGAAUCCGCACUUGUCGUCGUCCAACGUACAAGCCAGUCCUGCCGGCGGAGGUUCGGGGACGGCCCAAUCGACCCCUGCUGCAGCGCGUGCUCGGCUGUCGUUUCCGUGGCCGUCGUGGCCAAAGAAGCCAGAGCAAACAAGGGAGCCCGAAAUCGAUUGCAGUAGCCCCCUUCCGUACGAGUUUGCCCUUGUGCUGCACAACAAACCAGCGCGGACGCGAGAUCUGGAACGUCAGGGUCUAGACGACGCCGGCGUCCAGCAGUGCGAUGUGAUCCGUCGAUGCAUCGAUGCAGGCUUGGAAGUGACGGCCAUGACUAGCACGUUGCAUUCGCGCAAGUUUAUGUGUUUGCUGCUCAAGCCCACGUUCGACCGCAUGAAGAUUGAAAAGAAUCGCCUCGUGGUGGAGCGGUGGCUUCAGAUUGGAGCUGUCGGGGAAGUCCCGAGCGAAAUCGAGCAGCUGAUUUACAAGAGCGACUUGGGGUCGUCCCCCAUGUCUCCUCGGAAGGGGGCGAUGGCCCGUGGCGGCCACGUCAACUCUGCCGGCAACAACGACGAAGAAGACGAACCUCAAGGUGACGAGGAGGAGGAGGAGGACCGCAAGUUCACCCCAGCCGAACGCAUCCAGACCAUCGGACGCAUCAUCUCGUCCACGGCGGACACGGCGCAGCUGAAUCCCCCUGGCGCGGGCAUUUCCAUCGAAGAUCCAAACCAAAGGGACCCGAUCAUUGCCGCCUGCUUUCCGCUGCACAAUCGCAAGGUGAACAAAAUGCUGUUGCGGAAGAAGCAGCGAUGGUGGAUCAACACGGACGACAUCACUAACACCAUUCGGUUCCAUUACGGCGAGCAUGUCGCGUUUCACUUUGCGUUUUUGCUGCUGUACACCCAGUGGCUCGUGGUGCCAGCAGUCAUCGGCACGAUCUUGUACUUGUCCUUUCGAUGGUAUACUGCCAUCUACUACAUGACGGGCCUGAGCAUCUUUGGCUACGCCGUCGUAACGAUAUGGGGCACCGCCUUCCUCAAGGCGUGGCAGCGUAAGAACGAGUACCUUAACGACGCGUGGAACGUCCGCCUCUUCAAAGAAGCCGAUUACCCGAACCCCCGCUUCCGCCCCCACGGGUUCCUCGACAUUGUCGACAACUCGGGCGUCCUGUUGUUCCGAGAGCCGUACUAUAACUCUCUGUACCGCAUACCCGCGUACAUCCAGACGCUGGUCGUGUUCCUCUUCUUCACGCUCACGUACGUCGUGGGCAUCACAUUCUUCGUGCAGUGGUACACGGCGGCCAUGUGCGCCCCCGUGUGCGCCGAGUGCCCGGACUGCAGCGGGUUCCUCACAUGCUUUGACACGUUGGGGGCGACCGUGGGCACAUCCCGGUGGUUCUACAUCUUUGUGCAGGGCAUGUUUCUGGGCGUGACGCUGGACGUGUUUGUGUACUUGUUGUCUGUCAAGCUGCUUCGGUUCUUUGUCAUCCGAGAAAACCACACGACCGAGGCGCAAGUGGACCGGACGAUGAUCAACCGCCUCUUCAUUAUCAACUGGAUCUCGUUCUUCCUGUGGUUCAUGCUCAUCGCUUUCGUGAUCGUCCCGUUUGGAAAGGACGUCGAGGCGUGGAUGAACGCGCAGUUCCACUGGGCGACCAUCUACACGGUCAACUGGCACAGCGGCCGCAUCGACAUGAGCACGGCCUUAGUCACACCGCUUCUCAUCACGCAGGCGCUCAACCUCCUCAUCGACACGGCGUUGCCGCAUGCCCUGCGCAAGCAUCGCCUCCUCGGCUUCCGCACGGUCCGCAAACUGCGCGCGCACCCCGCCGAAACCAUGUUGGCGCUGUCUGAGAUUCAGAGUCAGUUCCAGCGCCGCACGUCGCUGCCGGACUUGGCGUUUCGCGCGUCGUCGACCUCUGCUACCACAGCGACCACCAACUCGUUGAACUUUCAGGAAAAAAUUGAGCUGCAAAUGAUCACGCCGAUACGCAUUCCGUACAUUGAGGCUGCGUUGGGCGUGUCCAUUCCGACGAUAGAAGGGUUUUACAACGAAGAAUUCAUGACGGCCGACUCGGUGGUGGACGAAAGCCAGCUCGAGCUGUACGAGACCUUUCCGGACUACUUGAAAAUGGUCAUCCAGUUUGGCUACGUCGUCAUGUUUUCGGUUGUGUGGCCCUUCUGUGGGUUGGCUGCAGUGGCCAACAACGUCGUGCACAUUCAAAACUGUUUUCACAAACUGUGUCUCACAAGACGCCGCCCAGUACCCCGCAAAGCCAACAGCAUUGGCCAGUGGGAGAAGACCCUCUACACGACGCUCUUUCUCGCUGUAUUUGCAGUUGUGGGGCUCAUUUGCUUGAGUUCGGGGGAGGUCGAGUACUUUGUGGGCGACUGCUUGGCGCUUGACCGGUUCAACGGCACCGACUACAGCAUGACACCAGAAUUGUCGUGCUUUGGGCUGUCGUCGCGGUUUUUGGUUGCGUUGGUGUUGGAGCACAUUGGGUUGCUUGUGAUCUACCUUAUCAUGGACAACAUUGAAGGCACCCCAGAGUCGCUUCGGUCAUCUUUCCAGAUGAAGAAAGAACUCAUUCGCCGGGCUAUCUGUGGCCAAAAUGGAGCUGUCACCACCACUCCGAACGGCAUCUAUCGUAGCCCAUCUGUAGAAGUGGUGUAGGCCAUUGAUAGUCGAGAGCUUUGCAUGAAUGUAUCAUAGAUGUCCGCAGAAAUGACAUAACUUCGUGAAAUGUGCUGUCGUGUUCCCA